AUGUAAGUUGUUGUCGUUCGGUGUUUGGGUUCACUUCAUGUAGUAGGUGCGCGGCGGCUGGCUGGGUGGAAAGGUUUGGUCCGAGGAGCCGCAGAGGGGCGACUCGAGCUUAAAGCCGGGCAGAAAAAUGGACGUUCUUAAGUCCGAGAUCCUCCGGAAGCGGCAGUUGGUGGAAGACAGGAACCUGUUGGUGGAAAAUAAAAAAUACUUCAAGCGUAGUGAACUUGCAAAAAAAGAAGAGGAAGCAUAUUUUGAAAGAUGUGGCUACAAGCCUAUAAAUGAGAAGCCGUCUGGAGAGAUACAGCCAAAAGAGGAGGACCAGAAACCAUUAACUUCAUCAAAUCCAGUAUUAGAACUUGAACUGGCAGAGGAAAAAUUACCCAUGACUCUUUCUCGGCAAGAGGUUAUCAGAAGAUUGAGAGAAAGAGGAGAACCAAUCAGACUAUUUGGAGAAACUGAUUAUGAUGCUUUUCAACGUUUAAGAAAGAUAGAGAUCCUCACACCGGAAGUUAACAAGGGGUUGAGGAAUGAUCUGAAAGCAGCUUUGGAUAAGAUCGAUCAGCAGUAUCUCAAUGAACUUGUGGGUGGCCAAGAACCUGGGGAGGAAGACACCCAGAAUGAUUUGAAAGUUCAUGAAGAAAACACCACAAUUGAGGAGUUAGAGGCCCUGGGAGAGUCUUUAGGAAAAGGUGAUGAUCAUAAAGACAUGGACAUCAUUACCAAAUUCCUUAAGUUUCUUCUUGGUGUUUGGGCUAAGGAGUUGAAUGCCAGAGAAGAUUAUGUAAAAAGGAGUGUGCAGGGUAAACUGAACAGUGCUACUCAAAAACAGACUGAGUCCUAUCUCAGACCCCUUUUCAGAAAGCUCCGGAAGAGGAAUCUUCCUGCUGAUAUUAAAGAAUCCAUAACAGAUAUUAUUAAAUUCAUGUUGCAGAGGGAAUAUGUGAAGGCUAAUGAUGCUUACCUUCAGAUGGCCAUUGGAAAUGCCCCUUGGCCCAUUGGUGUCACUAUGGUUGGUAUCCACGCCAGAACUGGUAGGGAAAAGAUUUUUUCCAAGCAUGUUGCACAUGUUUUAAAUGAUGAAACACAGCGGAAAUAUAUUCAGGGAUUAAAGAGGUUGAUGACCAUUUGCCAGAAGCACUUUCCUACAGAUCCGUCAAAAUGUGUGGAAUACAAUGCACUAUGAGACCUGUAUGUGAUGUGUAAAUAUCAACAAGAAACUUAAGGAAGCGUGGCAUGGACUUCCGGAGUUACCAGCGGGAAUGAGGAAAGAAGACAAAAGGAGUUUCUGGUCUCUGAGUUCUGCCUAAUGCAACUUGGUUUUAAGAACUGUAUUGGCUCCCAUGUCAUAUCUGACUGCAGAGUGAUUUUUGUGUCUUGCUUUUAUUUUAAAUAGUUGAAAAUUUAAGUUCUAAAGACUUUUUCUUCAUAAUUUGAAUGUGUAGACAGCAGUCCCAGGAGGUGUUUUAAAAUGACUUUUCCCUUCCAGAUCUGAAAGUUAGAAGAUUAAAAAGGAACUUUUGAGGAUGGACUUAAUUGUCUUUGUAAAAUAUAAUUUUCACACUGACUUUUAUGUAGUAUUUAUAGAAAAAAUAUUUUUAUAUUUUUCAACAAAAAUACAGAACCAUUUAAUGACCCUUAAUAGUCCUUAAAUGUUGCUGAAGUUUUGCCAUCUUGUAGUAGAUUUGAGUGUAAGUGUUACUACUGUUGAGUGUUAAGCAAGGUAGCUGCUCCCACUUUGAGCUGGUUCUGAGCCCUCAAGGGUAGAGGAUGUGGGAACCGGAGUCAGCUGAUUGGGGGGUAUAGAUUUACUUACCCUGGCCUCUCCUGGGAAGGCUUGGAAGCCAGUUUUGGCCACCUGUGGGUCUGUGGCUGUGCCUGUCUGAUCAUGUCGGCUGCUUAUUUGUGCAAUGAUGGCUGAGGGUCCUCCCCCCCCCCGCCCCGGAACUGAAUCAGGGUUGUGUGCCUCCCCACCCCACUUUAGAAACUGUUUCUUGUUAUUAAAUUAGUUGGAAGGGAGCUUUCUUAAGAUACGACAACAGUGUAGACCUGUAUUACACAAUCUUGUAUAGAACUUGUUUAUACAUACUGGCAAGUGAAUGCUCCCCACAUCCCUUUUUUUCUAUCCACAGUCAGGCCACAGCAUGGUGGUCAGCUAAUUUCAUGUUAUCUUCCCAUUUGCUCUUAGUUAUUAUUACACACAAAGAAGAAACUGCAUCAUGUGACACUAGUACCUUCUAAAACUGACAAGUAUGGAUAUAUGGUUUGGGGGAAAAAAGCUUGUAACAUUCAGUGGUGCUGUGAAUGUUUAAUCAUUUUGGGCUCAGGUAGAGGGAGGCAGGUUGAAAGAAGUAUAUCUCAUGUAGAAAAGUUUCCCUGAAGUUAAAGCUGUACAGGUAACUGCAUCUAUCAUGGGGACAUACUUAAAAAAGGAACUCUCAUAGUUCCCAAAUCGUGAAAAUUUUAGUUUUGCAGAUGUCUGGUUUUUAGAUAUUUCUAAAGUAAUAACGGCCCAUCUUUUAACAUCAGUCAUAGUCCUGAAAUAAGAAUAUUCUUCCUUUUCUUCCUCCCCAGACACCUUCCAAGCUGUGUCUUUCUGGAUUCAGAUUCAGUGAAACAUUGGUUUUCCCUUGGAAGUCAACACUGCAUUUCUUAGUGUUCCUGCCAACUGCAAAGACUGACCAGUAUUUGUCAGCAUUGCAGCACAGGGCUAUGGCAGUCUGGAAGUCACGGCUGUGAUUUCAGCCUCUGGGGAAAACUAGGAAAAUAAAGCUGAGGCCAAAGGUGAUUGGCACAUAGCAGGAAGAGAGAGGACGGUCCGGAUCUUGUAGGAAGAAGGGGGAGGUCUCUCGAGAGACCAGAACGAGGCAGGCUGCUGUCAUUAAUAGCAGCCUUUGGCAUGCACCAUGUCUGUGGGCUGUCAGGAAGAAUUUGGAGGAAUAGAAGAUAGGGCCCAGAGCAGUGUGACUUCGUAAUGGCAAGUUCUUCCUUCUGAUCAUCUCCUGACCCAGCCAGCACUUUAGAUUGUCCUGGGAUUUGACGGAUAUAGUUGUCUUUUUAUUUGAAAGAAAGUUAAGUGUUUGGUCAGUUCGAAUCAGGGGGAUUCCCAUUACUGGCUCCUUUUCAGCCCACGAUAACCCCCUUUAAUGCCUCUGGACAUGGAGGGACGGUAGAACUAAGUGGGGCUGAUUGUGAAAGGGGAAGUUGAGAUGGGGCUGUUGCCUUUGACUGAAUAUCUCCAAGCGCGUAACUUGGCGGAUCGUGUCUCCUUCCUCCCCCAUCCUCCACCAGGAGACACCCAUGGAGCCCCUGGAAGAAUAACUUGAUCCCAUAGAAGUUGUGGGGUGGAAUCGUGUUGGGAGUCUUGAAACAAAAGCACUUUCUCACGGCAGGUUUAUGUAAGAGUUUCCAGCUGUUGAGAGUGUGAGGAGCCAGCUCCAGUCCCGAGAGGGUCACUGUGAGAACACUGUUAUGGCAACUGGUUCUCAUCACAGACUCUGCCUUUCAAUGGGCUGCAUUAUAACUUACACUAGUACUGGAAUGGUUAACAGUAACCUUAAAAUCUUCCGAAAUUUAAAAAUCAGUUCUGGUAGCGUGGACUAAUUGGAGGGAAUGCCGUGUGGUUAGCGGCUGCUAUGGUGUGAGCCGACCCCAUUUAAGACUUUGGAACUGUCCUCAUUAAAAAGUUCUUUACAUUUACCAAAACAGUUUAUUUUGUUUUCAAAACUAUUUAUUUUUGAAAGCAUUGAUUAUUGAUUUUUCCACAUCGUAAACUUUUGGGCACUUUAUACAGCUUGCUCUGACUCAUCUGUGUGUUGUUGGUAAUAGUUACUCUACUUAACUAGGUCACUUCCUUUUGCUUAGUCUCUCAUCUCUGUCCCCAAGCACCAGCUUUGAAAUAAUUGUCAGCCUUCUCACAGCAUUUCAGAUGAACAUGCACUUUGACCACAGAGGGCAGCUUAGACGUUUCGAGCUUCAUUUUGAGUGUCGUUGGUGAUCAUGGAUCCAGUCACCGAGCUUCCUGCCAAGGCAGUCGAGAGUCAUUUGCACAGUCUGCUCUCCUUGCCCUCUGAGCUCCCAGAUUCUAUGAAUUGACAAAACCAAGUUGUCGUUGCUCCCAAACUGCUCUUGCUUUGAGACUUAGAUCGUGAACCGGUCAGUGUUGUUGCUUGAACCUGGCUUCGAGCUUCUGUCAUCCUGGGAAGGAGGAGAUUUAAAGUUGUAGCUUCGGAGCCUUUUGACUACAACUCACAGCAGUAACGGGUGUGGAGACCCAGCAUUAUGUGCAUUUAUGAGUACCCAGCAGAAGCGCUGACGAUACCAUGUGCGGUACAUUCUUAGGUUUUUUGUUGUAUUUCUAUAAGAAAUAAGCUGGCUGGUUUUGACUUCAAAAAGUGGAUGACAACCCAUUAAUAUAUGUUGUGACCAGCAGUUUGAAAACCAUGGAUUAUAAAUAAUUAUCAGCAGAGUUGCAGAAGGAAGUGAAUUCAGGGCAAAAUGACUCUGCUUUUUUAUUUUAUUUUUUUUUUAAUACAGAGGUAGAGAACACUUAGCUCUCAAGGUUAAUGCAAAAUUUAGCAGAUGGUAAAACUUUGAGUACUUCAGAUGUUAAAUACCUUUGAAGCAACAAUUCUUAGGCUUCAAAUGAGGAGACUUGUCCAUAGAGGAAACGGGACAAGCCACAUACAGUCCUAAGAGAAUUGGCAGUAGGGGUAGAUGACUACCUUGGGUUGGCUGUACGUUGCAUAAAGCAAGAAUGAAUAAGAUAUUAUAAAAACAAAUAGUUGGUCGUUUAAAGUAUGAGGGUUGAGGCAGAGAGAGAUACCAGGAGUGGAGAUUGGGCAUUAGUUACCUGUUGAGGGUUUGUUUGGCCCUUUGAAGAUUAUUUCCCAAGACUCGGGGCUACAUUACAUUUCCUUUAUUGUAAGUUGUUUUUAUUCAAAUGUAACAUGAGGGAAAAUGCACACAUCAGAAGAGUUACCAUUUCAGGAUAGCUUUUCCAAAGUGAACAUCCCUGAGACUAACUGGGACCCACAUCAGGGAAGAUAAUGCUGUUAAUGCCCCCAAAUCUCUUUAUUCUGGUCAGACCCACGGUCCUGAUUUCUGCUGUCAUCAGGAGAAAAAAAAAAAAAACAAACCUUUUUGAUGUAUGAUGCAUAUGCUGUGAGAUUUGCCCUUUUUAAAAGUUUUUAAA